CCGGGGCUUUCUUCUUGACACGUGGAAGAGCAUUGUUAACGUGGCAUAGUAGGCCAUCUUCCACAUACAAACCCAAAUUUAACUGACUAGUAGCACUAUUCACAGACAUCUCUCUCUCUCUCUCUGAUUACUGAUCCAUGUUCUUCAUCAUAAUUUUCGAUUGAAAAAAGGCAAAAACAAAACGGGCUCUUGGCGAAACGUACCAGAACCAACUCUUCAGAAAUCGGAUCAUUGCAAAAGCCAGAAGGAGUGGCACAGAGAGUUUCGCAAACAUGGCACAAUCAUCCAAUAACCCAAAAUCUGCAAGCUAUGAUGCUUACUUUGAGAAGGUUCAAAGCAGGAAGAAAUUGCCUCUAUCAUUACAGGAAACUCUAACUGCGGCAUUUGCCAGAAUUCCAGUGUCCUCCUUCCCGCAGGUUCCGGGAGGCAAAGUGAUUGAAAUUCCAGCGGACACAUCCAUUGGAGAUGCAGUGAAAAUUCUCUCUGAGAGCAAUAUCAUGUCAGCUCCUGUGAAGAACCCUGAUAUUCAGCAUACAACAGAAUGGAGGGAAAGAUACUUGGGAAUCAUUGACUACGCCGCCAUUGUACUCUGGGUACUAGAGUCUGCAGGUGUUGCCGCAGCUGCCCUAUCAGCCAGUUCCGCAGCUGCUGCUGGAGUAGGUGCUGGUGCAGCUGGAACACUUGGCGCAUUGGCACUCGGCGCAACAGGUCCCGUUGCAGUUGCUGGUCUGACUGUGGCGGCGGUCGGGGUCGCCGUGGCUGGUGGUAUAGCAGCAGAUAAAGCUAUAGCAAAAGAUGCCCCGACAGCAGCCGAUAAGUUGGGUGAGGACUUUUACAAAGUCAUCCUGCAAGAGGAACCUUUCAAGUCAACUACAGUAAAGUCCAUUCUGAAAUCUUACCGAUGGGCACCGUUCAUCCCAGUUGCAACAGAUAGUUCCAUGUUGAGUGUCCUGUUGCUGCUAUCAAAAUACAGAUUGAGGAACGUACCUGUCAUUGAAACUGGCAAUUCAUCCAUUAAAAAUUUCAUCACACAGUCUGCAGUAAUCCAGGGUUUAGAGGGCUGCAGGGGAAGGGAUUGGUUUGACUGCAUUUCUUCGAACCCCAUCUCAAAGUUGGGGCUUCCUUUCAUGACUCCAGAUGAGGUUGUCGGCGUGCAAGGUGAUGAACUAGUUCUAGAGGCAUUCAAAAAGAUGAGAGAUAAUCAAAUAGGUGGUCUUCCUGUUGUUGAGGGUUUAAACAGAAAGAUCACUGGUAAUGUAAGCAUAAGGGACAUCAGAUUCCUGUUGCUAAAGCCCGAACUUUUCUCCAAUUUCAGGCAGCUGACCAUCAAGGAUUUCAUCAACACCGUCGCUUUAGCCACUCCUGAGACAGGAAAGGUGAACAAGCCAAUUACAUGCAAUCCUGAUUCAACCCUGGGAGAUGUAAUUCACACUCUUGCUUCCAACUUAGUUCACAGAAUUUAUGUAGUUGAUGAUACCAAUGGAGUCAUUGGAGUGAUUACACUCAGGGAUGUGAUCUCUUGCUUCAUUUUUGAGCCACCAAACUUCUUUGAUAACUACUUUGGAUUUGCGGCACAAGAGAUGUUGGGCCAUUGAUACACUUGUCAUCUUUAAUGUAACAUUCUUUCAGUAGACUAAGUUCUCCAACCAAGUUCAGUGAAAUUUCAUCUAUGUAACUUUAAACAUGGAGCUCCCUUAUGUUACUCCUACUUUGCUAUGACCAGGAACUUUUCUCAAUUUUGUUUCACCGACAAAGGUCCUGAUUCUCUCAACAUCGUUCCACUUUUCUAAUCCAGCAUAAAUAUUGGAUAGAAUCAAAAAAGGAAUAGGAUUAUCUGGCUGUAAAGCUGAAAGUUUUUUGGCCAUUUCUUCCGCCACUUCAGAAUCUAUAUACUGCUUACUAGCUGCCAGCAAUGAAGCAAAAACUGAGGACGAGGGCUCUGUUACUUCUUGUAGUAGAUCUUGGGCUUCUUUCAGCAGGCCAGAUCGGCCAAGCAUGUCUAUUAUGAUACUGAGCUGCUCUGAAGUCGGUUGUAAGGAAUAAUCGACAAUCAUUAACUGAAAAAUUUGCCACCCCAAAUCAACUUGACCAGUAUGAGAACACAUUGAGAGCAUGCAAUUAAACGUUGCUAAAUUUGGCUGCACUCUCUCCUCCAGCAUCUGAUAGAACAACUUAGAAGCAUCUUCGCCUCUGCCAUUUCUGCCAUAACCCGAGAUCAUUGCAUUCCAGAAUGCUGGGUCUGUGGGCCUGAUUUCAUAAUGGUUGAAGAUAUCCUGGGCGAAAGUAGUCUCCCCACAUUUCAUAUACAUAUCAAUCAUUGCGGUAGCAAUGAAGUUAUCACUAUCAAUACCAGUCCGGAGGACACAUGCAUGAAUCUCUUGUCCAUAUCGCAGAGCACAAAGAGCUGAACAGGCCGUCAACAAACUUGUGAUGCAUUUCGGCGAAGGCACCACACCAAAGGAAAUCAUUUUCCUGAAAAAGAUAAAAGCUUCCUCUGGUUUCCCUAGGCAGGAACACCCAUUAAUCAUGGAAUUCCAUGUUGCUGAAUCUGGUAAAAAUUCUUCACCUUCUAACUGAGCGAAGAGGUCCACAGCACUUUCACAUUGAUUAUUCAACAUCAUCCCAGCAAUCAUUGAAUUCCAAGUUAUUAAGUUCCUACGACUACCAAGUUCUUUAAAUACCUCAUACGCAGAGUCCCAAGAACCACACUUGGAAUACAUAUCUACCAGGGCAGUCCCAAUCUUAGUGUCGAACAUCUGCUUCCCUUUGGUUACAAGUGCAUGAACUUGCCUACCAUACCGUAGGUGCUUAAGAUUAGCACAAGCAGAGGUAACUGAAAGCAAUGUAACAGAAUUGGGCCGUUCACCCGAUGACGAUCUCAUCUCAUUAAAUGUACUCAGAACCUGACAGUUGGCCCCAUUCUGCUGCAUCCCUGAUAAGUAUGCAUUAUAGAAGACAACACUUUUAUUGUGGAUCAUCAGAAAGAGCCUUUCCGCUGAAGCCAGAGCUCGAGAACUCAAAUACAUAGUUACCAAAGACGUAGCCACGUAAAUAUCGAUUUCCACCCCAAUCUUAACAGCCCAAGAAUGCAGCUGCACGCCAUGCUCAACAUCAAAACAGGCAGAGAGCCCACUGGCUAUGGUAACCGAAUCGGGUCUAACAUUUCUAUCGUUAGCUAAGCGGAACAUUUUCAGGGCCUUAUCGCUAAACCCAUUUUGAGAAAACCCAGAGAUCACCGCAUUAUAGAGAGCGAUAGUCGGUUGAGGUAUUUCAUCGAACACAUAGGUGGCAUUAUCCACGAGGCCAAGCUUCAUAUACACACUUGCUAGAGCAGUUGCGGUGUGAAUAUUGAACUGAAACCCCGAUUUGAUGAUGUGGGCAUGCAACAUUUGUGCUUCAGAAAGCGCUUUAAGGCCGGCGCAAGCUUUAAGGAGAUAAGGAAAGGCAGGUUUUUUGGGAAGAAACAUGCCAGAGAUAGAGGCAGAAUGGAAUUGCGAGUAAAGAGUUAGAACUUCUUUGAAGAGUCCAUUCCUGAUUAGCUUUGCCAUUUGGGUCGUCAUUUUUUAUGCUGACGGCCGUUCCCAUAAGAGGGAAAAUGGCGCUAAUUUGAACAAGAGGACUGAACUCGAAGAAGACGAGUGAAAGACAACAUUUUGAUUACGUCAGUCUAAAGGAAAAGGCACGCCUUUGAAGUGCUUUCCAUCAUCUUCCACAAUGAGUUCUAUAGCGAAAGCGUGAGAGACUUCGAAAGUUUCCAUAAAGGCGGUGUUUUUGUUACUCUGGCUUGACAAAUGAAAUAACCUAUGCAAAGAUGCAGAAAAAAUAAAAAUUUCGACUUUUUGGAAUUUUGGAAGACAAUGUGGAACUACUAAAGGAGAUCAGUUUUGAUAGUUUCGGAUUGGGACUUUUG